AUAAACAAACUUGGAAUUUGGAGAAUUUUUUCGAUCUGUCCGUAAAAUUUCUAAAUUUUUCGAGUUUUUCCUCCAAAUAUUUCGCAUUCAAGUGAAUCUCUUUGAAAGGAUAUUUAAAUAUUGCAGAAUUACAUUUCAUCGUCUUUAUCAAGACUCCAUUCUUCGCAUAUUAAAUGAGAAAAGUAUGGAAGUAGAAACUGCGGUAGUUGUGCCUUUGCACGAUUAUGGAAAAUAUCUCAACGUUUGUUGCGAACUGAUAAAUGAAGAAUGGCCUCGAAGUACAUCAGCCAGGAUCCACAGUUUGAAAUCAUCCUGCGAUAAUUUGCCCACUUCUCUUAUUUUAAUUCUUUACGAUGCCGAUGGAGAAAUAGUCAUUGGCCAUAGUAAAAUUUCACCUUUACAUAAAAUGCCAAAUGGAUGUUUCGUUGAGUGUGUUGUAGUUGCUAAGAAAUUUCGAGGUAAAGGAUGGGGUCGAUAUAUCAUGCUGGAGACCGAAAAAUAUGCUAAAUCAAAAGGCAAAGCUGUGAUAUAUCUAUCAACUAGCGAUAAACGAGAGUUUUAUGAAAAAUUAGGGUAUUCUGUCUGCGAGCCGGUUUCAAUUUAUGGCGGACGGAGUGUUUUACAAACAAACAAUAAUUUCAUAUCAUCGAUCUUAUCACCGGAUCUUUUCAAAUCGACUAGAUCUUCGGUACCAACAUCGACUCCUCUACCACCAGCACCGCCAGCUCCACCACCUCCAAAAAGCAAUUUCUCAACUUCUAGUAAAAAAGUUUAUAUGAGAAAAGUAUUAACGUAAUGGUUGUGUCCUUAAUAUUGUAUUAUUUUCACCUCUUUUUUUUUGACUAGUCGUGUUGCUCGUUUCUAAAUUAAUCGUGGUUACCUUGUGUUGUUUUUUAGUGUUGAAAUGUGUUAUACUAAUUUUCUACUGUUAACGAUUUUUUAUAUCUAAUAAAUUAUUCGUCAAUAUCAAUAUGGUCGAAAUGAAAUUCGCAUAAAAUGAAUGAACAUUGCACGAAAACAGUUUUAUUAAGCAUUAAAAAUUGAAAACGUUAAUUAUAAAGAAAAAAAAGGUAACAAAUAAUGACUAGAUGAACGAAAAAAAUCGUAAUCAGAAACUAAUUUCUCCUAUCAUGUUGUCAAACAAUAUAACUUAACCCUAUGUAGUAUAAAACAAAAAGCGAUGAGCCAAAUUUGUACUUUAAAAAAAUCGUGUUUUCGCGUUUCUUUUUUUCUUCGCCGAAUGCAUCCACUCAAAAAAACAAAAAAACUUCCCUAAUCACGUCUCCUAAACGCGGCUUUAAAACUGUAAAGAAAAAACGACAAAAAAUUCAAACUCACACAAUCUUUUUGAACAAGCACUUCAAGCUAAAAAUAUGAAAUUAGCGACAUGUAGCACGUUGCUGAAAAUUUUUUUAUAAAUCAAAAAAUUGUGCACGAUAAUUGAAAAAUAAUUAUUAAUCGUCGAUCUCGCUUUAACCGGAUUCUAGUAAUUUGGUGACUUGUGCGAUUUCUGUCUUGCACUCGGAUACGGUUUCGUUGGUUUUGGCAAAAUCUGAUAUCGCUGAACUGACACCUUCUUUACGUAAAUGUUGUUUCAAAUUGUCUGAAAUUAUAAUUAUUUUCAGUUUUCAUGUAUUGCUAAAAAAAAGUUGGAUAAUUGGGUGAGAAAAAUACUCACUGGAAGAGGAUAAUUGACGAAUUAAUGUUAAUACGUUAAUGAAGACUUCUUUCUUUGGUUUACGUUCUUUAAGUAGACGGACGAUUUUUUCGCCUAUUUUUGAAUCCAAAAGGACUUUCUCAACUAGAUCGAGUUUUACGGUGCUUAGAAUUGUGACUGCGAGCAAUCCUUCGUUUUGCAUUACCUCGUGAUCGCUGACUAUCAUUUCGACCAUUUGAGGUACAGCGUUACAUUGAAUAAAUACAUCCAAUACGUCGGGUUUUCUAGACAGAAUACGUUCGAAUUUAAAUAUCACAAGAAUUAGAAAUUUAAUUAAAAUAUAGGAGAAGAACAGUA